UCGCAAGAAGAAGCAGGCCUAAACGAACCAGCGAGGAGGAGGCCAAGGUGAAGAAGGGCGUAAAGUGCCCACCCUCAAGAUUAAGUUGGGCAAGAGGAAGAAGGAAACAUCGGUCCAAGACAAGGGGUUGAACAAAACAUAUGAGGCGCAACCGCAGGAACGAGAGAACGAGGACGACUCGAGCCAGGACAGCGACGCCGAGUUCGAGCAGAUGUUGGCCGAGGCCGAGGACAUGAACAAGGCCGAGGAUGAGGCCGAGCAGGUCACUGGAACCAAGAAGAAGGCCAAGACUAAGAUUGGCAACAAGUCCAAAAGGAGGAAGAGAAUGAAGGCUAAAGAUGAGGAUGGUUAUGAGACUGAUCACCAAGAUUACUGCGAGGUGUGUCAACAAGGCGGUGAGAUCAUUCUGUGCGACACGUGCCCCAAGGCCUACCACCUGGUGUGUCUUGAGCCCGAGCUGGAGGAGGCACCUGAGGGGAAAUGGUCUUGUCCCACCUGUGAGGUCGAGGGGGUGAAGGAAGAGGAUGAGCAUAUGGAGUACUGUAAAGUUUGUAAGGACGGAGGUGAAUUGCUGUGCUGUGAUUCGUGCGUCAACGCCUACCACACGUACUGCCUGUCUCCGCCCCUAUACAAGGUGCCAGAGGGAGAGUGGACCUGCCAGAGGUGUGCCUGUGAGCCUCUGCCUGGUCGCGUACAGAAGAUAUUGUUCUGGAGGUGUGUGGCAAUUGUUGGUCAUCUUAGGGAUGGACUUUAG